GCCAUGAAACCCCGAGCUGUCAGCAGAGCAAUCGCUCAUUCGGACAAAGGAGACACAGCUGCUGAGUUUCAAGAGCCAUGGAGGAGAAAGAGCAGUCCACAGAAGGUCUUCAGUUUGUUGGCAAGAAGGAUGAACUGAUUGCAGCGAAGCGCUCUUUAAGAACAAUAGAGGGUCGAGACGUACUGAUCAUCCACCAUCAGGGGGUCUUCUACGCUUUAGACUGUUACUGUUACCAUGCUGGGGGGAUGUUGCAGAAUGGAGACAUUGAGGAAAUUAACGGCAAUCUGUGCAUAAUUUGUCCGAAGCACAAGUACAAGAUCUCUUUAGCUGAGGGCGAGGGCUGGUACAGGGGCAGGAACCCCACGGAGAAACCACCUGUGUUCAGAUGGUACUCCAAGGGUGUGAAGCAGCGGACCCACACGGUCACAGAGAAGAACGGGGAGGUCUUCGUGAAGCUGUGCCUGCAGCCAGCCUGGAUCGACUCAGACUACUACCAAGGAGAAAAAGGCAAGAUUGAACGAGCCAAAGCUGGAGCGGCAGAUGACGACACACUCGUUAUGGACGAGGACGACGUGUGAAGACUGCGUCAGGAUCGUUUUUAUCUGAGCAAUGCACUUUCUUUUCAGCUUUUUUCUCAUGCGUUACAUAUACAAUAACUGAACUGAUGUGAAUAAACUAUCA